AUGAACUUGCUUCUUGAGGCAAUCCCCAUCCCUCUUCCCCUCCCCUCCCUUUCCCCCCCUCUUCCCCCCCUUCUACCCCUCCAUCCUCCUCCAUCCUUUUCUCUUCCUCCCCUUUCCCUUUCCUCUCAGGAAUCCUUUCUAAUCGCCCUACGUGCCCCCCCCGGCUGGUCUGUUGAUUCUCCCAAGAUGGUGGUGGUCGAUGCUGUGUCCUGCAAUGCUGGCAACGACUUGGAUUUCCACAUUCACGGGUUUGGCCUCUCAGGCCACUUGCCAGCAGCACCAGGAGCAACGAAGCCACCCGAUGGACCCCUGACAGGGCCGGCUGGUAUCCUCGUAACCCUACAAUCCGCUCACGGAACCAGUGGAAGCAGCGGCAGCAGUAGCAGCGGCAGUGACAGUGAGACACAGCAGCAGGUGGCAGCAACGGCUGUCACGGACGCCAGUGGUGUGUUCAGCUUCCCCGGCCUUCCUGUGGGAGCAUAUGAGCUGUCUGCUUCACACCCUCUGUGGACCAUCCACCCCCUCGUUCCAAGCACACUCGAUUCAACAAGGUCUAACUCUGCUGAGUCAGCCACACGUGGCAGUGCAAGUGCUAGGGUGCCUGUGGAGGUGGGGUGCGGAUCCAAGGACACAGGGGCACUCUUCUAUGUGGCCAGCUACACGCUUGCUGCUGCUGCUGCCCAGAACCAGCCGGAUAUUUCUCUGGUGACAGGCAGUGGCAGGGUGGAGGACGGGGAGGGCCGUGGGGUGGAGGGAGCGACAGUGAUGCUGGAUGGGCUCUCAGUGGCUGUGACUGACGCGCAGGGUGACUACUCUUUCAGACUCCCCUCCUCGCUCCUCUCCUCAACCCUCCACCAUCCCUCCCCUGCAGCGGCACCCAUUCCUCCCACUCCUCCUACUCCUCCCCCUCCUUCUCCACCUCUCCCCAGAACUCACACCGUAACAGCAGUCAGACCCCUCUACGCCUUCCCAACCCUUGCAAACAUCACCCUCCCUCCUGCUCCUGCUCCCGCCACUGCUGCUACCGCCACUGCUACUGCGACUGCUGCUCCUGAUGCCACAACCACAACCACCACCACCGGUGCAAGCGAAACAGAAGCUGCCUCGCUAACCACUAUCGCCCUGCCGCCCAUCCGUGCCACCCGGUACGCACUCUGCGGGCGGGUGGAGAUGGACCCGGGCGGCGAGUCGUCCUUUGUGCCAUGGCGGCGAGUGGAGCUCAGCCGAGCUGGUGAUUUCGAUGGGUCUCACAUGGACGGCUCUCAGGAUCCUAGCUGGGAUACGAUCAGCACAAGUGCAAGAGGAAUCAGCUCUGGGCGCAGCAGCAGCAGCAGAAGCGGCGGCGGCGGCAGUGGUGGCAGCAAGGGGUUGAGCCGGCAGGAAGCGAGCGGGAGUGUGGCCCCAGUGAUUGCAGAGGCGGACAAAGAUGGACGGUUCUGCUUCAUGGUGCCACGUGGCAGCUACCAAUUGGUGCCUGAGAUCAGCCCGGAUGAGGUGGCAGCAGGGCUGGUCUUCUCCCCCUCUAUAGAGGAAUCCGUUACUGUCACAUCCGCCCCCGUCACUAACAUAGUCUUCAAACAGUCACACCUGUUCAUAUCUGGCAAGGUGCGGUGCCUGCAGGAGUGUGACUCAACCGUUACAGUCACACUCUGGACGCUCACAGACAAUGGGGCAGAUGAACGGGCAGAUGAAGGGGCAGAUGGAGAGACAGAGCAGCAGCAGGGCACGUUCUUGCAACGAGUGGUGGUGGUGGGAGGAGGGGAGGGGGGAGCAGGGGGGAAGGCGGAGGGGAGAGGGAAUGGAAAGGGGAGAAGGGAGGGGAAAGGGAGAGGGGAAGGGGAGGGGAGGAGUGCAGCCGUGGUGGAGAAGAGAGGCAUGGUCGGAUCAUUCUUCUUUGACCGUCUGUUGCCUGGAUCGUACCGUAUCGAGGCCCGCAAGGCUCCCGCCAAUGCCACUGAAUUGCAGAGCGUCGAGUGGUGCUGGGAGGAGGAGGGCCGCGCUGACGUGGCGGUGUUUGAUUCGCCCGUGACGAACGUACAGCUGGCGCAGCGCGGGUGGCGCAUGGUGGUGCGGGCGGCAAUGGACGACAGGUUCACGUUGACUCACGGGGAAUAUGACCCCACUGACUUCUCUGUUUCGCCCGGAGUGCAAGAGUUCUGUGUGGAGUCCCCUGGGGAAUACACCCUCGCCAUGUCACACGCCUGUGCCUACUAUGGGGCUCUUUCUUUCUCCUUCCACACCCGCCAGCCCAAGCCCAUUCUCCUGACUCCCACAGCCUACCGAGUAUCUGGCCUCGUUUUCCUCAACACCUCCCUCCUCCUGCCAUCGCUCUCCCACCUCUCUCUCGAAGCAACCAUUGUCGCGCGCAUCAGUGGGAAUGAAGACGGCGGGAGUGACAGCUACGGCACGCUCUCAGUGCGCCGCCCACCAUCCAGGGAGGACCCUGUGGCAAUUUAUGACCAGUCCUAUUGGCUCGAGCCACACACCAGCCUCGUGCUCUCUCUCCACCACUCUGGCUUCCCAUCCUCCCCUCCCACACACUCCUUCAUUGCGGAUGGUGCUGCUACUGAUGGUGCUAGGGAGUUCGAACCAGGGGAGGUGGAUUUAGGGGAGGUAGAUUUAGGGGAGGUCGAUUUAGGGGAGGGGUGGGAGCAGCAAGUGCAGGAGGAGCAAGAGGGUGGAGAGGGGAACUUGGAAGCAGGAACUUUGGUCACAGGCUCUCCACAGGACACGUCCGAGAAUCUCAACGAGUGGGCCUCUCCAGAUGGCGCCUUCCCCUUUCCACCGACCCCGCGGCUCCUGUUUUACCCUGCAGCCAUUCCUGUGCGUGCAAUAGAGGUGCCCUACGCCCCUCCUGCGAAUCUAUGCCCGCCCAGGCGUCUUCGUAACUGUCGAGCCCUUCAGGUGCCCUCCGCCCCUCCCGCCAGUCUAUGCCUGCCCAGGCAUGUUUCACACAGCCCAACUCAAUCCCCACAGCACCCAUUCAAAUCCAUCCCCACCCCUUGUAAAUCCCCUUACUCCCUCCCUCUUCCUCUCCAGGUGAGAGUCGAGCCCUUCAGGUGCCCGCCGCCCCUCCCUACAGUCUAUGCCCGUCCAGGUGUCUUCCUCACAGCACGGAUCACUCCCGCGCUGCCAGGUGUCAACCUUUCAGUGGUUGCUGACUCAGCAAGUGACGCGGGGAGUUGGCAGGAAGGGAAGUUGGUGGGAUGGCGGUUGACAGAGGGGUGGCACGGAGGAGAAAAGGGGAGGAGGGAUUUGGGGGAGAGUGAUGGGGAGGAGAGGAGAGUAGCAGGGGCGGGGAUGGAGGGGGAGGAUAAUACAGAGGAGGUUGUUCUCGGUCCGCUGUAUGAUGAUGCCAGUUACCACUUGGAGCUGAAUAAGGUGGGUUACAGUGGAGGUGCAUUGGGUUAA